AUCGGAUGUUCUUACGAGGUAUCGUUCUUUCUCACCUCCUCCUUCUCCAAGAAGACAUCUAUAUCUGUCUUAUCCUCUCCUGUCAUAUCUGUCUCGCCGAAACUUAAUUGUCACUUCGCUUGUCGGGGAAAGCUCACGCGUCAUUGUUUGAGAACUUGAACAGAAAUGAACUUGCGGAGAAGUGUAUUCUGCCCAACUAGAACAUCGCAGUAGGUUUCUAAUCUUCCAUUCUCGUCAUGAUAUCGCAACAGAACUGUACAAGAAGUAAACAAAAUUUGAAAGAACUGUCAGAGUCUUCACGUACUUAUCGCCUGUCAUUCGCCGAGAAAUUUUCCGCUAAUGGAACGGUGGAAGACUCCGCAAGGAACCAUAUGUAAAACGUGUCUAAAUCCAUUCGACGAAAGGUCAGCUUUCCCAACCUGUUGCACCAUGAUCACCCCAAACGGCCAUGGCACACCGCUGAAGAAUCCUCAAAAUCUCACUGCUGGUUGCAAUGGUAACAUACUAAUUAAAAAUGGUAACUCAAAGAGCCAUAUCACUAAGCCUCACAUCAACAAUGGACACAUCAAGAAUGGUCAUCAUUUGGAAAAGAAUGGGCAUCACUUAGACUUAGUCAAAGAUAGUUUGUGUUGCUUGAAGCAAUCACAGUCAUCACUCAAAAAACAAUCGAUUGAUAAUUCUGAUGACAAAGAUGACUCUUGUGGACUAUGGUCUCUGAAACCUAGGUGGCUUCAACCAUUUGCGAAUAAGAAAGUAUUCUUAGCGGUAUUCUGUUUAACCAGUGUUCUUCAGGGCAUGUAUUAUACGUAUUUUGUGAGUGUAUUGACUACAAUAGAAAAACUUUAUCAGAUUCAAAGCAAGACAACGGGUCUGAUCAUGUCAGCAACUGAAGUCGGCCAAAUAGGUGGUGCUUUACUCUUAACAUACUAUGGUGGACAAGGCCAUAGACCAAAAUGGAUUGCUUGUGGUAUGCUGGUGUUUGCUGCAGCGUCCAUUUUUUGUGCCACACCUCAUUUUUUGUACAGUGAUUUAACAAGUUCUGAUCGGUCUACCUCAGACACGGAAAAUUCAUCCACUGUUGCAUUGCGGGAGCUUAGAACUAAAUUAUGCCAUAAUAAAUUAAUUUCCAAAAGCGAAUCUGCUAGAUAUAUCAUUCCACUUGCAUCAUCAAAUUCCUCAUCUGACGGUAUUUAUAUUGGUUCUUUCGGCAAUUAUACUUACGAUCUGGGAAUAAAGUCUUCUAUGCAUAACAGAUCUUCGCGUUCUGCAUAUACAGAUGACUUUCGCCUGUCAUCUGAUACCAAUGGAACUUCAUCAGCCAUCAGUCUACCAUCUAAGGAAGCGCUAAUAAUGAAAAGGGAUGAAUGUGAGGAAAGAAGCCAGUCAGGCACUCACACAAGAACAACACAUACGGUGCUAGUUAUAUUCUUUGCCAGUCUUUUGCUCAUCGGUAUUGGUGCUACUGCAGUUUAUACUCUUGGUAUUCCAUAUAUAGAUGAUAACGUAGCUACUAGGGAAUCCCCGCUUUAUUUUGGUAUCACCAUUGGAGUUCGCAUCUUUGGCCCAGUCUUUGGAUUCUUGUUGGGCUCCUUCUGUACCAGCAUAUAUGUAAACUUUCCCUUUGAAACAACGGAAAUCACAACGGACAAUCCACAGUGGCUUGGAGCUUGGUGGUUGGGUGUUCUCAUAGUCGGAGCAGCCUUAAUUUUAACAUCCUUUCCAAUGAUGGCUUUUCCAAAGAAAUUACCCAAGCCUUGUCUGCAUGGCCAUGGACAUGUAAAAACUGUCAAUCGCAAUAUUCGUACUGGCGAUAUUCCAAAAUCAAAUGAUAAUGCUAAUGGCCUGUUACAAGAUAAUCAUUGCCACCUGUGCCAACAGUCUGCAUUUUAUAAUACUCAUAAUGAGGAUCUGAAGAAGCCAAGUUUGAAAGAUUUCCCAUCAGCCAUCAGAAGGUUACUAAAGAAUGAGAUCCUUCUAUACCGGACAGCAAGCAGUGUACUUCACAUUCUCCCUAUUGCUGGAUUAUACACAUUCCUGCCCAAAUACCUGGAGAGUCAGUUUCAACUUACAGCUACAAUGGCAAAUAUGAUAUCUGGAAUCGCUGGGAUACUUGUUAUGGGUGUUGGAAUUUUUGCCAGUGGAACUUUUAUGCGUAAAUUUAAACCUAAUGCAAGAUUUGUGGCUCGUUGGAUUGCCCUUUCAGCCUUGUUAUAUGCUGUUGGAAUGAUGAUUCUCAUGAUAUUUGGAUGCCCUCUUAACAGUUAUGUUGGAUUAAAUGUUGGAAGUGAAUAUGAAGAUACUUCUCAGUUAACAUGCAAUGAAACAUGUGGCUGCAAACCAGGGGAAUUUGCUCCUAUUUGUACUAGUGAAGGUGUCACGUAUUUAUCCCCAUGUUUAGCAGGAUGUACUGAAGUAUCAGGCUCUUCUUAUGAUGAGUACAUUUACAAAGACUGCUUAUGCUUGGGUGCAAAUGUGACAGCAACCAAUGGAUUUUGCCCAUUACAAUGUGACAGUUUACUUCCAUAUGUUUUUGUCUUUGCUUUGUUUGUCUUGAUCCACUCAACUUCAGAAGUUGGAUCUAUGCUCCUUACUUUAAGAUGUGUUGAACCAAAGGAUAAAGCUAUGGCAUUAGGACUGAUAGCAUUUGCCAUUGGGCUGUUUGGCAAUGUACCUUGUCCAAUCAUUUAUGGUGCUGUAGUGGACUCAGCUUGUUUAUUCUGGGAGGACAAUUGUGGAGAACCAGGCGCCUGCCGUCUCUAUGACCCGUCCAAAUUCCGUGCUGUUUUCCAUGGUGUCACUGCAGUAAUUAUGCUGAUGGCAUUUUUUGUGGACAUAAUUGUCUGGUACAAAGCAAAGUCCAUUCAGUUUCAGGAUGAAGACAUUAUAGAAGAUGCAGAGGAAGCAGUUCCUUUUAAUGAAACACAGUUUAACACACAGCUGGAAAGCAGUGUAUGAUUUAAUAGCACACAACUGUAUGAUCAAAGAUUUUAAGAUGCACACAGGGAUGAGCCUUUUUUUAUGAAAAUGAAAUGAGCAGCUUCUAGUGUCAUGUGAACAAGUGUGACUUUUUUACUUGUUUUGAGAGUUAAUUUAUCAUUAUGGGCUGAAAUAUCAGCAAAAACUGUUGUUUAUGUCAUUAGAUUCGGUGAGAAAACAAGUUUUCACAUACUAUAAGAUGUUGCUUCUCUGCUGAAUAUUAUGAAAAAUCUACAGCUUUGUUUAUGCACAAUGAAUAAUUGCUUAUUCCUGGCCUGUACAGAGUGAAUGCCCAACGUGUUUUCCUUGAUGUUCAGAGAUAGUUGCACUCUGAGCAACAUGACUGUUUCAUGUUAAAUGCAUCUUCAAAGAUUUUUUUUUUAUUUAUUUUUUUUUAAAUUUGGUGGUUAAUAUGAAAACAAAAACAACUGUGUUCACUGCAUUUGCGAAACCACUAUUCUCCAUCUUAACUUUGUUGUUCAUGUGCUUUUCUGUAAUUUAUUUAUUUUUUUAAAUAUAAGAUUAAAUCUUUUGAAAUGAAAAAUAUUUGCUAUGAAAGGUAAAUAAAAAUUCUAUUUUUAAAAAAUAGUUUUACAUAUUUGAGAUUUUUUGUUUAAUUUUUAUUUUUAAAUAGCUAAAGUUAAUAUUUUCUCAUUACACAUAUUGUAAGGCUAACAAAUCAUUUAAAAGGUUUUAUUGGUUGAUUACAUUCACUUUUUUGCAAGAUUGAAAAAGUGUUCUUGUAAAAAUUCCACUGCAGUGAAAGAAUUAGGAUUAUGUUAAUGAAUUGAUUGAAGUGUGCUUAAUAAAUGUAGUCAUGGAGAUAUAAAAUGAUGGAUAUAGUGAAGCCAAAACUAAAAAGUAUUGAUGUUUUAGAAUUAUAAACAAAUAUACAUUUAAGAUCAUUAAUAUUUUUUCAUAUCAUCGGCCUGCAAAAUGCUAACAUAUCUAAGCCAACUCCAAGUUUUUUUCUAAGGUUAAUGUGUCAGAAAAGGACUACCACAUAUGUUUUAGUAACAUAAUCAUGAACAAGAACUUCUCUGCUGUUUUUCUAAGCAUUUGCAAAAUGUUUGUAUAUAGUAGUACAUAAUUAUAUAAAUAUAAAUAUUCAUACUGAUAUAUACAUAUAUAUAUAUUAACAAUUAUGGUCAUGUGAUGUAACAUUCAUCAUAUAAACACAUUGGUUGUAAUUAUCAUGAACCAGGAUGUUUGAUUCACGUUUUUCUGUAAUUUAUAAUAUUGGAUUUUAGAUUAUGUUCAGAACUAUUAAUAUUAAAUUCAUAUUGAAAUGCAAAUUUUUAUUACCACUAUGUGAUUGAAGUUAUGAAAUAUGUAUGAUAUUUAAGUAAAGUGAGUUGUGAGAUUUAUGAAAAUAAGUUAUUUCUUCAUCCAAAUUUGUUCUUGUUCUAUUUGAGAGUUUAAUAAUUUAACAUAAAUUAAAAAUGUUAUGUAUUUAACAUGCUAAAUCAAAUUUUGUGCCUUUCUCUACAAGACUGAAACAUUUUAUUUAACACUGUAUAAAAGUAAAAGUUAUAAAUAUGUUAAGUUCUAAAAAUUGUAUAAACUUUACCCAAGUAAAAUAAAUAUUUAGUGUUAACAUUUUUAAAAGUGUGUUUGACAUGUACUUUUAACAAACUUAGAUGACUUACGAAAAUUGUUUUACUAGAAAUGAUAGGUAUAGUGAAUAAUCGUAAUUAUAGUGAAUAAUGUUUUUCAUGUUAAAUUAUCCUUGUGGAAUAUUUUCAUAAACUUAUUUUAUAUGUCCUCAAGUUUUCGUUGUAGUAGCGUUUUUCCCCGAUUUCUUGAUUAGACAGUUUAGAUUUUGUAUAAUUUCCAACACUGCUCCAUUUUAAGUAAAGAAUGUUAAAAAUGAUAUGUAAAUUCAAUCUCUUUGUAUUUUUAGAAAUUACUGUUUAAAAGUAUGAAAGUGAAGAAAUGUGUAGAAAAAUUUAAAGGCUUUGAUAAAUUAAGCAUGUUUCGUACAACUUUUCAUUACAUGUGAACCAUAUAAUAGUUAAGAUAUAAAAGAGAUAUGAUUUGUUACAGUUGAUUAGAUUUUACUGGAACUAACAUUUUGAACAUCCUGGAUUCUCUGAUAAGUGUGAUUUUGUAAAGUCAUUAUUUUAAAAUAUAAGAGCCUUUUUUUGGCAAUUGAUGGUUCCUACUUAGGCUCAAUUAGUUAAACAGGUAUGAUUUUUUUUUAUAUUAAAUACUCAGGGGAGAGGCUUUACUGAUAACUAAUUGGGUCAUAACUAUAUUCUCCAAUUAAUAUUUUGAUGAUUGAUAAAAAAUGCAGUUUGUUUCAUAUUACAUAUCAUCACAGAAAUAUCUUUAACAAAUUUUAAACAACUUGCACACUUUUCAAAUUUUGAGAUAAUUAUAUUUCUUCUAUCAUACUCUCAUUUAAUAUAUAAUUUGAAUAUGCCAAAAUAAUAUAAUAUUAGAAGGCCAAAUAUAAUUUAAAUAUGCUGUCAAUGACAAUUGUAAAUAAUAUUUGUGUUUCAGAUAUAAGAUUUAAUGGGUUUGCUUGUGCUUUUUUUAACCGUUAAUUAUGUGUUUCAUAAUUCUUAAGUUGUAAUUUGGUAAUUAUUAACUAAGCAUCUGAUCACAAAAUCAUUACAUUUCAAACCUUAGGCCAUAUUAUAGAUGUAUGUAGCUAAUGACAUUAGACUUGCCAUCCCCCUAAAUUCUUGCAUUGCCUAAUAUCUGAAGUGGUAUUGAUAACAAAAUAAUUCAGAUUUGUUGUUUAAGCAUCUAACUUUAACAAAUAUUAUUCUGUCUACUAAUUUAAUGAUUUAGAAUGGAUAUAGCAAAAUGAACUAAAUGUAUAACUGACAUACAAAAUGACCUCUUGCAACACCAGUAAAGUUUUAUCUAUCCAUUUUGUUUCUGCUGAAUUUUUGACAUCAAAACAAAAAGUGUGCUUAAUCUAAUUAAUUAAAUUGUGAUGCUUUUAUAUUGAUCAUAUUUGUCCGAAUGCCAACUGGUUUAUUCAAAGAAUUGUUUUUGUGCUUUCUGAUUAUUUAUAAUCCAAUUUUAAUAUUUGUAUGAAUAGCCAUAUUUUCAAACAUACAUGCAGUAAUCAGUCAGUCAUUGCCUGUGCAUCCCACAUAGAUGGAUAUUAUUUUUGCCAAUUCGUAAAAUCAUCAUAAUCAGUACAUAUUUUGUGUGGAUGCAGAUAGUGAGAAAGUAAUGUAUUUUCUUUAGAAUGAAUAUAUAUAAUUUGAGUUUGAGAAAUAGAUUGAGAAUUCAUAUUAAUGGUUCAUAAUGCAUUUAAAUGAAAGUUACCUUUGGCUUUAUUUAAAUGGAAAACAUACAUAUUCGUAUAACUAUUGUAUUUCACAAAUUAUAUUUUUACAUUUGACUCAUUCACUCCAUGGUUUAGUAAUAGACAUAAAAAGGCUUUGAAAACCUGUAGACUCAAAAAUGAAAUUUUUGUAGGAAAGUUUAAAAAAAGAGAGACAGAGGUUUUAAUAAAAAAUAAACUUACCUUAUAACUAGUGGUGUCCACCAAAGUUAGAGAAGUGCUGCUAAAUAUUUAUUUAUCUAUAAAAUAGGAGUUCACUUGAAACCAUCAUAUAUAUGAUGAACUAACAAAAUUAUCAGAAAAAUUAAUUAGAAUUUUUAUUUUUCUAAAUCUGUAUGCAUAAAUUAAAACAAAAUACAAUACAGCAAUUGGGAUAUUAUUCAUUCAUUCAUUUAUAUAGUGAGGUAAA